AUGGCCCGCCUCGCGCCGGCCUUGCAUACUGGUGUUUUGCACCGAGCGUUGGAGCAGCCGUCCAGCACAUCAUUCCCUGUACCGAAUGCAGCUUCCCAGCGACAGAUCCUGCCUGGGGCGUCGUUCGCUCUUUGCGGACUGCUUCCAUUGCUGUCCGCUGUUCGGGCAACAGAAGUUCGAGGGCAACAGCAACUGCGAACGGGAGGCCGUGCCACUGUGCUGCAGGCCCGGCGAGCAGAGGUCGAGCUGUUGGUGGACGCAGACCAACACAGCAUCCAAGAAAUCCGGGCAGGAAUUGACAUGCUGAGAUGCAUGGAAAAUGACUACAGCUCUAUCAGGACAACCAUCUUUGCAGCACCUCGACGCCGUGAGAACAAGGCUUGGCAGCGAUUGUUCAGUGAACCGGGCAUCCAUUUUCGUCCUGUCAAGCGGCGACGGGCGAGGGAUGGGGCCGAAGCUAACGACGAUGUAAUCGUUGCUGAGAUUCGGCGGCUUGCUGGGACCGUCAAAUGUGUGGCACUCAUGGCUGUGGACAAGGGUUUUGGUAGCGUUUUGACUGAACUGAUGGAUGGUGGGCAGCAAGUCUUGGUUCUAGCGUCUUUCGCAAGAACAGAAAAGUGGUCGUACGAGAAACUUGGCAUUCGAGUAAUAGAGCUGCCUCGAGUUGAAGCUGGAAAGACAGGGUCGAAGGUGCGAGCUAUUUUGCACGAGGAUGGCAAUGGAAGCGUCAGACUUGCAGAUGCGUUUGAAGCUCGCGACACCCGCGAGGAGGUGGAGUUCAUACGGUGCUUUCUGCAGAGUACAGGGUAUCCUGCAGACACCGGCUACCUUUUGCCAGCAGUUGUGAACUUUUGGUUUACCAAUGAAGUUGGUCCCUUGACGGUAUACCCACGGCAGAGUUCCACUCUAGCCUUGUACGAACUUCUGCAGAACAAUGCAAACAGAUCGUGGGAGAGAUGCAAAUCAGAUUUGGCGUUCUUCUUGCCCAUAUCGGCAACAGGAUCACGGACGGCAGCAGUGCAAAACAAGUAUGGAAAUGGCCAUGCCCAGGAGUGCUUCAGAGGUGGAGGGCCAUUCGUGCGUCGAGACUCCAAAGAAUUGGUUGCCCAGGCCUUGAAGAAAAUGGGAUAUAUUGAUUCCCGCUUGAACCAGGAUCUUGCGGAGGCAAUGUUCGUUUUUGUCAACGUGACUAGGAACAAGACGACUCUGCGCAAGAUGGGCAUGCUACCCUGCGAAACCGACACGGCCCGACAGGCUGGAGACAAGCUUCGGACAGCAUUUCUGUCAACGUGUUCUUCUGGCGUUUGGCAAACGGCGCCGAAGGAUGGGAUGGUCCGACAGAUCCUGUCCAAGAAUGGACUUCUCACAGAUGCUAGUUGUCCCGAUGUAACGAUGGCGAAAGCGAUGGCGACAUACUUGCGCAAUCAAGGUUUGCCCGAGAUGAAGAACUUCAACGGUCGCGUAUGGCAGAUUCUGCGUCACUCCAUACAAGCCAAGGAUCCUAGCCAUGUCACGGUCAGAGGGACCGGCCUAUCCAUCCGCGAUAAGGUUCGCCUCGUGGGUCCAGAGGACAGCUGCUCACUUCAGAGUCCUUUGGUCACCGCGACGACUGAGGACUUCAUCCAAGCCAUGGAGGCGAAUGACACCUUCGCCAGGUUCUCCCUUGGCAGCAUACGAGAGUUCGACCCGCCGGACGCCCUUGCGCUGCGCCUUUGCUACUGUGCCGACUUCAACGCGGAUACGCAGAACGACUCCUGCUCCAGCCCGGAUGACUUCACGCAUGCCGCCGGUGUCGUCAAUGUUGCGAACUGUCCGGCACCUCCUUCGGCAGACGUCUUCACUCCGCCAGUAGAGGAUGUUUACGGUGAGCCUGGCAACCCUCUUGUGCGACUUUACCUUCUUCCGGGGUGGACCUGCCUCGACGUGGAGUCCAGGACAUCGGAAGAUCUGGAUCGCCUCCAGGAGCAGCUUCCUCUUGGCCCAGGAUACGGCAUCGAGGACAAGGGCGGUGCGACAUACAUGCAGGACAUGGUCAUAUCCUCGCGCUACCGGCAGUGCGAGCCAGGGAUCAGCGCUCAGACCGGAAGGCUGGAGAACUUGAACUUCUCCCGGGUGGACUUGGCAGUCGUAGGCGGACAACCAUCUGCUUCAUCGGCCGGCUUGCCGAUAGAAGCUGGCUUCUAUGUGCAAGGGGUUUCGAGCGUGGAGGACAGCACCGGCAACGAGAAUCAGUGCGCGACCUGGCAGGUACAGGUACUGGCCUAUGCGUGCGGAUGGGAUGCCACACUGGUGCUGGGCAUCUCCUUUAACCUUCAGGACUCCGCCACCCAGCAGGCUGGGUCGACAAGCUGGGGAGACCUGGCAAGAGUGGAAUGCACGCAGCAUGCGGACCUGCAGGGCAUGGCUCCAUGCCAACUCGAGACUCAGAUGGUCUACUGUGGUGUUGAAGCUGCAGCAUACACUCCACGGGCACUGGGCAAGACAAACCGAACAAUUGUCGGACGGGAGAGUGCUUCCCUCACUGGCAAUGCGAGCGCUCGAAUGGCGUUCGAUGUGCUGGUGGCGUCAGCAACAACUGCUCAGUCCGGUGAUUGGUGCCCGCCACCCUGGGCGAUUUUAUGCGGCGAACGUUGA